AUAUAAACCAUCACAACAUUAUAACACACCUACACAAAAGAAGCAAUCUCCGACUACUCAUCGCUCCAUUAGACAAUAUAGUGAUGUAGUCAGAGAAGGCAUAACUACAGGAAACAAACAUAUGCCGGAUUUACCUAAAAGAUUAGACACUCUGGAUAACCAGAAUAGCAAUACUUCCCCACCGCCAGACACUCCACCUUCCCCUUCUUUUUUUCGGAGGGACCUAAUUCAAAACAGAAGGAAACCGAUAGAGAGCUCCCAAUUUUGGGAACCGUUAGGGAAGAGACAGCGGUCCCUAGAAGGAGAAGGAGAAGGAGAAAGAGAAGAAAGAAAGAGACAACAUCAGGAAAAAAGAGGGAAGACCUCAAUUUAG